AUGGUCUCCUCACUUCUCCUCGUCGCCGCCGGUGCAGUGACUGCAUCGGCAGCACCAAACCUGAAGCCAAGGGCGGACCCGUCAGCAUACUGCUCUUCAUCGGACAGCACUUAUAAGCUCUCCUCGUUCGACGCACCAGUCUCAGGCGCCGGCAAUGCCAAUGGCAUGUCAACAUGGCAACUCACCAUCGACGACACAUCGGCGGGCCACAAGCAGAAGAUCACCGGCUUCGGUGCUGCCGUCACCGACGCCACAGUCUCGGUCUUCAACAGCCUCAGCGACUCAGACCUGUCUCGAUUGCUGGAUGAGUUGAUGACUAGCAGUGGCGCCGAUUUCAGUCUGAUGAGACACACCAUCGCCUCUUCAGACCUAAGUGGUGACCCGGCUUACAGCUACGACGACAACAGCGGCAACGUGGACACAAGCUUGAGUGGUUUCAACCUCGGCGAUAGAGGCAAUGCGAUGGCUUCUCUGCUCGCCAAGAUGCGAAGCCUGAAGUCCGGCCUGACGAUCCUCGGGUCGCCGUGGAGUGCACCUGGCUGGAUGAAGCUGAACGGUGUCCUGUCCGGGACCACCGUGAACAACAACCUCAACCCCAGCUACCGGGAUAGCCUAGCCAAGUACUUCGUCAAGUACCUCCAGGCUUAUGCCGCCGCGGGAGCCUCUGUCGAUGCCAUCACCAUUCAAAAUGAGCCGCUUAACAGCCAGUCCGGCUACCCAACCAUGUACGUUUACGCGGAUGAGAGUGGGGACAUCAUCAGCCAGAAUGUUGGUCCAGCACUCUCUGCUGCUGGCCUUGACACGAAAGUCUGGGCCUAUGAUCACAACACAGACGUUCCAUCCUAUCCCCAAACAGUCCUGGACAAGGCAUCCGCCUACGUGCCGGCCGUAGCCUGGCACUGCUACGCCUCUAAUACAGACUGGGCCACCCUCACCGACUUCCACAACACAAACCCAAACACUCUGCAAUAUAUGACCGAAUGCUGGACGUCCCCCUCGACCAGCUGGUCAUCCGCCGCCGACUUCACCAUGGGACCCCUCCAGAACUGGGCGUCGGGCUCGCUAGCCUGGACACUGGGAUCGGACAGCACCUACGGCCCGCACCUGUCCUCUGGCGGAUGCGACACGUGCCGCGGUCUGGUCGUCGUCGACACCUCAACCAGGACCUACUCGUACGCCAUCGACUACUACAUGAUGGCCCAGUUCUCCAAGUUCAUGCCCAAGGGCGCGACUGUCCUGAAUGGCACGGGCAGCUACUCUUACAGCGACGGCUCCGGCAUCCAGAGCGUGGCCACGCUGAACCCCGACAACACGAGGACGGUCGUCAUCACCAACAAGUUUGGCAACGAUGUCUAUGUCACGGUGUCGACUCAGAGCGGGGAGAAGUGGAGCGGCCGUGUGUUCCAAAACUCUGUGGUCACUUGGGUGCUGCCCGCUUCGGGCUAG